AUGUCUCGCAUCAAGCACAAGGCCAUGAUCAACGUCGACCUGGGAGAGGGAUAUGGCAACUGGUCGUGUGGACCGGAUGCUGAGAGACUACUCCCCCUGAUCGACCAUGCCAAUAUAGCCUGUGGCUUUCACGCGUCAGAUCCCCUCAUCAUGAUGGACACGGUUGAGCAAUGCAAAGCCCACGGCGUCAAGGUCGGCGCACACCCGGGAUUCCCAGACCUGCAGGGCUUUGGGCGGAGGGAGAUGAAACUGUCCCACGAAGAACUCACGGCCAUGACCAUCUACCAGGUCGGCGCGCUCAAAGGGUUUCUCGACCGGGCAGGCGUGCCGCUCCACCACGUCAAGCCGCACGGGAUGCUCUACGGGGUCUGCUGUCGCGACUACGACGUGGCGAAGGCGGUGUUUCGGGGCAUUCCCGAGGGCGUGCCUGUCUUUGGUCUCGCGGGGACGUGUAUGGAGCAGGCGGCGCGGGACAUGGGCAUCGACUUCAUCGCCGAGUUCUACGCCGAUGUCAAAUACAACACGGACGGCAGUUUGAUCAUCGACCGGAAGAAAGGGGCAUGGGACCGCGAAGAAAUCAGCCGCCGAGUUUCGCAGCAGCUGGAGACGUGCAGCGUGGGUGCCAUCGACGGCUCGAGCUGUGACCUGCGAAUCAACGACUAUCGCACGUCGAUAUGUUGUCAUUCUGACAGUCCCGGGUGCGUCGAGAUUGUCGAGGAGACGCGAAAGGUUGUUGAUGCUUUCAACAAAAAAUACUUUCCCGGUGGUUAG